AUGAUGCAUCAUUCACCUCCCUCUCCGAAGCCUAACCCUCCGACGCCUAACCCUCUGACGCCUAACCCUCCGACGCCUCCCGAUCAAUAUUUCUCUGAAAUAUCGUCUCUUCUUCGCCGUGUUUUAUCAGACUCCGCCACCUUCCUCAGUCUCCGCCGUGUUUUGUCUCAGGCUCCGCCACCUUCCGCUCCACCACCACCGGGUUUCCGUUCGCCCCACUGCAAUUUCUCUUGUAACAUCAAUGAGAGCAUGGUGAGAGCAUCGUUGGCUGAAUCGAAGGAUGAUUGGAGGGGGUAUGUGGGCAAAGCUAUAUUCGUUCAGGUAUUAGCCGGGGUUAUGAUUUGGAAGACUAAAUCGGCAUAUCGUAAAGAUGAAAAAGUUUAG